AACGUGACCUAUCAUGGGCCGGGAUAGACAGCUCUGCAUUAACGUCCCACAAAGCGACACUCUUUGUUACGUCACUAAAGCGUAAUGAGCUCAGCAGAGUUGCUCGACGGGCUUCUGGAUGCCCUCAUUCAAGCAACACCGUCUUUGUCUGGGGGUGUAGAGCUCCACAAUUCCCUUCAAGUUAAUUCUGACGCGUCUUCACCUCCCCCGCAAACCCACUCAAGCCAGCCAAAACCAAUGCUGGGGCCAGCGCCGCCAAAGCAGAAGAAGAAACGUGUGCGACGUGAAACUCGCGAGAUUAAGUACCUACGCGAGCAGGCCCGCAAACUCGAGCUCAGGCUGGAGCAGAUUCAGAAGCGAGUGCCUGCCAACCGCGACUCGAAUUCGAUCGUCUGUGCCAACUACAAAACGGCACGCCCGUCGGUGUGGGAGAGUAUCGCGGAGCGACAAUUAAAAGAAAGGCUUCAUGGUGAACUGAUGCAGAAGGAAUUAAGGGCCGCCUGCUCGGUGCAGGCUAAACUUGUGCAGGAGCUGAAGAAACAACUCAGACUAUGCGCAGAAGACAAGAAAUUAUCUGCACUGAUGAAACGCAAGUCCGCAAGGCUGUGGGAUCUACUGUCGGAUGAAAGCUCUGACAUAUAUGCGGAGCAACUCACUCAAGUGGCAAAAAUGUGUUUGCAGAUGCAACAACAGACCGCGCCGCCCAGGCAUGCUCUGCAACUCGCCAACGAUCUCACGCAAGGUGUUGACGUCUUGAAGAGAAACCCUACCAGUGCUGCAGGGGUUGUAUUCGAGAUGCGUUGUGGUACCUCGAUUCCUUUCGACGUCCACGUUGCAGGUAAUGCAUACUGGCGCUUGACUGCGCACGAAGCAUUCCACCGGCAAGGAUCUCUACAGCAGGACUUGGACGCAAAAGGAGAUGUUGCCUCGGCUUCAUUCAACUUGCAGGUGGCAUGUGAAGGGUUUACAGCAACUGUGCGUGGGAAACAAACUUGCAGGAGGUAUAUCAAUAACGACAGCGAGACAAUUGUGUGGACUGGGUAUGCUGACCCCAUCGAACUUAACGGCACCAAGUUCUCGGGAAUGCAGUGCAGAAAAACUGGUUGGAUAAAGCUUCAACGAGUAGCAGGGCAACCCGCAGGUGCAACUUGGGUUGAAAUGUAUUCCGAGAUGACUCCAUUGUUUAAAGAGGGGGUUGAAGACCAGAACUGGCAGAUCCACGCGCUCCUUGAUUCGAUGACCAAAGCACACAGCAAGACGAACGAAAUUUACUGCAGGAUGGUGCGCGAGCUUCUGUUGGAGGAAGACUGGAAAGCAGCAUACGGGAGUGAUGCGCAGGCCUUGUAGAGGCUAAGGAGAGUAAUUUUUUUUUUUCAUUUUCAUUUCAUAGAGAAUCACCUUUGGUUUUAGAUAACCUUAAAAAACGGUAAAAUACACUACAGUAUGCUGUAAAUAGCCCGA